GAUACUAUCAUGAAUAUGGAUAUAGUGAUUUAGAGAUUGAUGUAAUAAAAGCUAUGGAAUUUUACAAGAAAUCUAUACAUAAAGAAAAUCAUCCAGAUGCUAUGUAUAGAUAUACAAUUUAUCUUAUAGAGAUAAAUCAAAAGAGAGAGAAUAGAAAUAUAUUAUAUUAUGGAAAAUUAGUUAAUGAAGUAGAUAAGAUAGUGGGAGGUUUAUUCAUAGAAUGUGCUGCAAAAAAAGGUCAUAAAGAAGCUAAAUUAUUAAUAGAAAAA